GGACAGUGUUAAAAGCACCCAGUAGCGAAUGUCGUAAUUGUACUCUCCCAUGGGAAGCUCGGAGAGAGAUUCUAGAGAGAAAAAGGGUUUCUGGAGAGAGAAGGACCAGACAGAGAACAAGAAAGAGAGAACUAGGGUUUCAAAGACUGAUAAAAGCUUGGAGAGAGAGCAAAGAAAGCGGAAAAGAAGAAGAAUGGGAAAUCCGAAGCAAAAAUGGACGGAGGAGGAGGAAGAAGCCCUUCUCGCCGGAGUGGCGAAGCACGGCCCGGGAAAGUGGACGAUCAUUAUCAAAGAUCCCGAUUUCGCGCACUUUCUCACUCACCGCACCAACGUUGACCUCAAGGAUAAAUGGAGAAAUUUAGGCCCAAGUAUCUCUAGUCGUGGCUCUAAAGAGAAAACAAGGGAUCCUAAGAUAGUGAACAUUCGAAGUUCUUCGAUUCGUGAAAAUGCAUCUCCUCAUGCUGCCAUGGAUGAUCCUUCAAACAGCACACUGGACGGGAAAAGUGCUUCACGGUAUAAUGCAAUGAUCUUUGAGGCUCUUUCAACAAUGAAAGACGUGAAUGGAUCUGAUUUUGUUGGCAUUCUUAACUUUAUUAAGCAAAGGCAUGACAUGGCCCUUCCACCAAAUUUCAGAAGAUUAAUGAGUACAAGGCUGAGAAGGCUUGUUUUGCAAGGCAAAGUUGAAAAGGUAAAAAAUGGCUACAAACUAAAGAAAGAGGCUCUGUUGGGGAGUAAAACACCUACCCCAAAACAAGAAGACAUCAGACCUCAACAACUGCAGAAUUUUGUGUUAACAACUUCCGUUAAAAAGCUGAAGGAAAUUUCUGAUACUGCUGCAUAUAAAGUAGCUGAUGCCGAAAACAAAUCAUUUUUGGCUGCUGAAGCAAUGAAGGAAGCUGAAAGAAUCUUAAAGAUGGCAGAAGAAACCGAGUCGAUCCUACACCUAGUGAUAGAGAUACAAGAACGAUGUUCACGGGGAGAAACCGUCCUUUUGACUUAGAUGGUCAAACUGUAAGUUAAAUUAACGGAAUCCUUGUAGCUUGUAGAAUAUGCUUGUAAAUUCACUGAUCCACUAGGACAAGUUUUGUUCUCCUUGUCGGGCAAAAAUGCAUUAGCAUUUCCUUUUUCUGCAGUAGAAGCCAUGUUUGAGAUCAUGGAUAGAUCAGGUUAAUGUACCCAAAAAAAAAAAAAAAAAAAAAAAACACAAGUUUCUGUGUCACUUAGCUUCAAAUAUAUCCUACUGGUUUUGACUUUUGGGAGGUUAAUGAAGCAGUUUUACGUAUUUUAU